AUGCCGUUGAAAGCCAAAGUUGCGGUCCCAGCAUUGUCUGGAUUAUCGAAGAUAUCUACAGCCGCAGCAGAAAUCCCCAGAGAACUUCCCGGAGAUGAACCAGAUGAUGUACUAUUCAGCAGUCUUUUCGGAGUGCGCACCAUCGAGCUCAAUCGACCCAAGAAGCUGAACGCUUUGAAUGGCUCGAUGGAAUGGGAAAAAUCCCAACUUGCGAACGUUAUCAUCGUCUCCGGUGCCGGAUCGAAAGCAUUUUGUGCCGGCGGUGAUAUUGCAGCUCUUGCUGAAAAAUGUGCUGAAGGCCCAGAGGGCCAGAAGCAGGCCACUGAAUAUUUUUCUCUUGAAUACAAGCUGGAUCACCUCAUAGCUACAUACAGCAAACCAUUCAUUUCCAUUAUGCGUAUGGGUUCACUAUGGGUGGUGGCGUCGCGCUCAGUGAGGAUUAAGAAGUACCGAUCACUCUUCUCUCGGGAGUUGGCGGGAUGCAGGAAGUUUAUAGCAGCAAACAAGGAAGCCUUGGGUGGCCUCGAGUUGUGGCUACAACGAUUUUGCAACUUUGACCCAAACGACCUAGUUUACCUAUGCAACCUAGCCUUUGAGAAUCGAAAGUCACCAGAUAUGCGACACCUGAAAGAGUUGUGUGACGAACCCCCUUAUAAAGCCAGCAAGGAUGCGAUCCAUAACAAAUUCGGCCGACUCCGUCACUACAUCGGACGCCUUGCCCAUCACAUUCGAGCAGCUAACUCUCUCGUAUCGACCGCAUCUAAGCUCAGACAUUUGCUUAACGGAUUCAGCAUUCGUGCCAUAACUACUCCAGCAAGGGCAGAGUGGCUCCCACCAAUCGAUGAAGCAGCCGUCCGCGGAAAGACCCUACUAGACAAAGUGCUUGUUCGCAUGCUCCCUGCCAAAUCUCCGCAGCUGGGAUUUUACCAACAGGAGCUGCGGAAGAUGGAUGAAGCGACCCAGACCCAACCGUUCGCCCACGAGUUCACGCAGAGGUACAAGUGCUGGAGCAUUUCCACGAAAAAGCACUUGAAUUCGAAGACUCAGAUCGAUAUAUUGCAUGUAGCAAACCGGCUUGUUACUGCUGCAAGCUAUACUUCCGGUACCAUCCAGGUAACUUCGAAGAGCCUACGUCCCAUUGCAAGAUCUACCUGA